AUGAAUAGAUUAUCGUUGUUCAAAAAGAAGACAAUUGAAGAAGGCAGUCGAACGAUCCGAGCCAAUGAUCAUGAGAAUAAUGUACUCAAACGAUAUGCUGGCAAUGAAAUAUCGACAUCAAGAUACAAUCUGAUAACUUUUGUACCGAAAAAUCUCUUCGAACAAUUCACUCGAUUAGCCAAUGCAUACUUUUUAUUUCAACUUUGCUUACAACUAAUACCACAAGUCAGUUCUCUGCGACCCGCUACAACAGCCUUUCCACUUGUCAUAGUAUUGUCCUUGACAGCUAUCAAGGAUGCCAGUGAUGACAUUGCGAGACAUCGAAGUGAUAAUCAAAUUAAUAAUCGCCAAACAAGUACAUUUGUCGAUGGACAGCUUACAACUAGAAAGUGGCGAGAAAUUAAUGCUGGUGACAUUAUUCAAUUGACUAACGAUGAAUUUGUCACAGUAAGUACAAAUAUUGAUAUUUGUUAUGAGUGA